CAAACUCCAAAACCCCUCUUCAAAUUUUUCUCUCUGCUUUUUCAAAACCUUGGUCUCAAAUCUUCAUUUCUCCUGCAAAAUUUCGGUCGCCAUGGAUGAUGGAGCUGUUGAGAGACAUGAAGAGCAACGUGAGAGACGUGAAGAGCUUCGUCGAAUGGCCGUUCGUUUCGUCGUCGCAGUGGCGCUCGAUCUUUUCACUGGAGUCUACAAACGAGCAGCUGGUUUCGAAGGUUCAGAUCCAAAUUCGGGAACGGAGACGACGGAGAACGAACACAGAGCGUUCUUUUGGGCAUCGGGUUUCAACAAAGCAGCUCAUUUCUCUUUUAUGUUGGUGAUUUUUCAAAUCCUUGCAUCGGUGGUGGUAUUGGCACGACGUAUGCGAAGUUUCCGAGAAGACUGCGAUAUGAAGCUUUUGCUGGGUUUAAUUUGCGUAACGAUCUCGCUCUCUCUUAUGGCGUAUCUUCGCUGGUGGGUGAGUUGUUAAUCGUUCUCAUCGCCGAUGGUUUCAAUCUCUAGCUCUCUCUUUCUUGGGUUACCUUUCUCUGGUUCGUCGUGGAGUUAGAAUCAUCCUCUGUUUUUUUUUUCUAUGGAACGGUGUCGUUUUAGUGUGAUUAUCCUCUUCUCUUUUAUUCUUUUCUUAUAAUCUGUUUCUUUGGCUUGGGAUUGAAGUCAUUGAACAUAUGAGUACCAUUUGAUAACAUGAAUGUUCGUAACAAGAUUUAUCUUUUUCAUUAAUGAUCGAGCUCAUUAUAACUUGAUCCUUAAAUAUUUCACGUAUCAAAUUUGAAAAAAU